AUGAGUGCGCCUGCCUCAGCAGAUGUUGUUACCGGUAACGGUGCGCAAGGCGAGGACCGCCCUGCUGAAAUUGGCGCCGCGCCGCGCGCUCCCAGCAGUGGCCCUUCCACUACGGCACCGUGCGCUGCCGGGACCUCUGGCCAAAACAAGUUCCGCUGCCGCGUGGCAAUGGCAUGCGUGCACUGCCGACACCGCAAAAUUCGCUGUGAUGGCGCACAGCCAUCGUGCUAUACAUGUACACGACUGCAGCGCAAGUGUGAAUACGAGCGGGUGUCGGAGCAAGACAAUCUGCUCUCUCGCGAGCGCAAGCGCCUAAGCCGUGAGCGCAAGGCCGCGCGUCUUGCCGCGUCUGCGAAUCAGACCGGUGCCUCGCGCUCUGUCGAUGAUAAGACUCUCGUGUCGAUACCGCCCGGGCCCAUGGCGUCCGCCAAAGUUCCCGCUGCAUCUGCGUCGUUUAGUGUGCCGAUACCGGGCAUGGGCGUUACGGCGACACCUACCGAAGUGACUCCCGCGCUGAUCCAAGCGCCGCCGAGCGAUGCGGCCAUGGCAGCAGCAUCAUGGACGAAUGUGCCCGCGACGAUCAACCCAAGCACGAAGGACCUGAUGCCAUGGGUGAUGCCCUCUGUGUACACGUCGCCGGAUGCCGCCUCGAUUGCAACGGUGACGAUGCCGCCGGCCCACGACACGCUGCUCUCGCUGCGGACGACUGCGGACCCUAGCUUGCUGGAGCUGAAUGGCUCGGCUCCGGUGCUGUCGGACGCAUCCGCAUCUGCGUCUGCCUCGCCAGGCACCGGCUGGGCCGACUCGAUGUCGCUCUCGCCGAGAGAGUCGCCGUUUGGCAGCGAGGGCGCCGCGGCGCUCCCGAGCCUGUCGGGUGGCUCGCUAUCGUCUCAGACGCUCGACCCGCUCGAAAUUAACACCGCUAUGGAAACACCGCUCAAGUUGUUCAGUGAACAGAUGUCCUCUGCUUCUUCUACCACGCCGUCGUCGAUCGAUACCCAAGGCCUCAGCGACGGGUCGAGCUCGCUGGGCCCGUCCGGGUCGAUGCUCUCGCCGCUGUCGCCGCAACUGGCGCCGCCGUCCUUUGACACGAUGGAGCCUGACCUUGAGCCCGGUGCACUGGGCGCGGCCGACGGUGGCUGUGAUGGUCUGGCAGCCGGAAUGGGACUGUAUAGCACCUCAGUCCCUUCCUCCAGAGGCCCGAGCCUGCCUAGCGAUGCUGCGCCGAGCAGUCUACCUAUCCUCUCGUCGUGGGCGCAACCCAUGGCCGGGUUCUAA